CGCCAAACUCACUCCAGAUAUGAAAUCCUCAUAUCAUAUUGUACAAAGUUCAAAUUCCCCCUGAGUUUACCCCAUUUACACCAUUCCUGCCUACAUAAUCAUGAGCUGCGCUACAAUAGAAGGCGCACUCCUAAGGUCCCAUGCUAAAACAAGAGGUCGCGCAUACCGUUAUCAUGGCCCAAACUAAACUCAUGUCCCUGAAUGUACGGGGACUAAACUCCCCCAUGAAGCGAAUGAUGCUAGCACAAGAAAUAGACAUGCAGGGAGCUGACUUAGUCUUCCUGCAGGAAACCCAUUACAUGGGAGAGUUUAAACCGAAACUUAGAUCAAAACUUAUUCAAGCUUCCUACUAUAGCAAAAAUGUUAGACAGAAAUCUAGGGGUGUGGCGAUUUUGAUUGCAUCCACCGCAGCCUUUACCGAGAUCAGUGUCAAAACUGACCCAAGGGGUAGGUUUGUGAAGGGGAUAUACAAUGGAGUUCUUACAACACUGGCGAGUGUUUAUGCUCCAAACUCAGACCAAGUACCCUAUAUAUGCUCUUGCCUAGCCAAGUUAGAAGGUUUUGCUGAGGGAGCUGUAAUUGAAGCGGGAGACUGGAACAUGGUGUUAGACCACUCAAUUGACAGUUCAUCUAAGACUACAGACCCCCGACACCGCCAACGGACACUGUUCUCUAACGUGCUCCGCACCCAUCAAUUAAUGGACUGCUGGCGCAUAUUACACCCUCAAGAGAGGGACUACUCUUAUUACUCCCAGGUAGCGAACAGCUACUCCAGAAUUUACAUAUUUUUCCUCAGCCAUAGACAUAAUCCCCUACUGAGCGAAACAUCCAUAGGCAACAUCACGUGGUCGGACCAUGCCCCAGUUUUCUUAUCUGUCGCCCUUCAGAGAGAUCCCAAAUGUACCACACACUGGCAACUGAACGAGACCCUGCUAGAUGACCCGACAGUAAUAGACGACCUGAGACAGACAAUAGGCAACUACUUCACAGAUAACGAUACAGCAGAGGUAUCCGACCAAUGGGUCUGGGAAGCACACAAGGGGGCUACGAGAGGCACCCUAAUUAAAUGGGGAUCUAGAAUCAAGAAAGAACGCACACACAAACUUAACUCCCUUACAACGGCAAUACACCACGCUGAAUCCCUGCACAAACAGGAUCCUACAACCGAGAACUUCCAGAAAUUUACGGCCCUCCGAAUAAAAAAUGCGAUCAUUAUUAGCCCUUAAAGCACACAGAUCGGUCCAGCUGACCAGGGGCUCCUUUUAUACCCAGGGUAAUAAAAGCGGGAGACUAUUGGCCCGAGCCCUAAAAACUAAACACCAGAGGUCCUCUAUCGAUAAAACAGGGAAACAAUGCAAUACCACAGACGACAUAGCCACAGCAUUUAGUACCUUUUACAAAGACCUCUACAAUCUAGACCCACCAAGUAAACGACCUAACAACCUGAGGGAAUAUAUCACCUCAAACCUUCCACAUACUAUCCCCAACGACACAGCACUCACACUCGACGAGCCAUUCUCCCCAGCGGAACUAUCACUAGCUAUUAAGACUCUACCAAAAAGGCAAGAGCCCAGGCCCAGACGGAAUGACUGCGAGAUACUACCACACACUUGCACAGGAGCUAAUCCCUCACUUUCUUAAGUCACUAAACGGCCUGACCCGGGACAAUCCACUACCACCCCCGAUGUUACGUGCAUCGAUCACUAUUAUUCUAAAUCCGGGCAAAGACCCCACAAAGUGUGGGAGCUACAGACCCAUCUCAUUGAUAAACCUGGAUCUAAAACUAAUGGCGAAAAUCGCUAACCGGCUUAAACCCUUAUUACCGGGACUAAUCCACCCUGAUCAGGCCGGCUUUGUGCCUGGACGCGAAGCCAGGGACAAUACCACAAAAAUCCUAAACGUCAUACAUGGGGCAACUGUAACGGGCACACCAACACUGCUCAUGGCAAUAGACGCUGAAAAGGCAUUAAACAGGGUGGAUUGGUCCUAUCUCUUCAUGGUCCUGGGGACUGGCCCGAGACUAAGGAAUUGGAUACAAACCUUAUACAGGGGACCAUCCGCCAAUGUCAGGGUCAACGGCCACUUAUCCACACCCUUUCAGAUAAAUAAUGGUACACGCCAAGGAUGCCCCCUCUCCCCCCUCCUAUUUGUCCUAGCUACGGAACCCUUCCUUAUGGUCAUCAGGAAUAACAACAACAUACGGGGGCACCGGUACCCUGUGGGGGGGGGGGGCAAAGGUAUCCGCAUUUGCAUAUGACGUCCUCUUGAUGAUCACUGAUCCGAUCAAAACCCUCCCACAGAUACAAACGGAGAUUGGAAUCUUUGGGACCUUAUCUAAUUUUAAGAUAAAUGCUGACAAAUGCGAAAUCCUGGGGAUUUCUGUACCCCCUUCCCUACAAACACGGAUACAACGUACGCACACCUUCCCUUGGACUCAAGCCGGACUAACCUACCUGGGAAUCAGACUAACAACAUCGCACAAGAGCCUAUACAAACUCAACUAUCCUCCCCUUAUAAGCAGCAUUAAACAGGACCUCCACAAGUGGGAUCCUCCCCACUUCUCCC